UUACACAUAUAUAGAUAUAUAUAUAUAACUGUACAUUCAGAAACGAUUCAAAGACGGUCACUGCCCUAGAAGUCUCCGCGAACCUUCCCUCCAUAUCUGCUCUCUCAACCAAAGCCCUUUUUCUCUUGAAAACUUCCUUGUAUCUCUCUCUCAGCACACCCCAUCGACAGAGUCCAGUUCAUGAUACAGUUGGGUGAUUUCUAAGACUCUUUGCCUUGUUUCAGGGGUGGACGUUCAGCACUCUGUGAGAGUACUCAAAGCAGUUUGGCACAUGAAGAACCUCCCUUUACUGAGUUCAGAGGUUGAUCAUCCUUUUUUGUACACUGUGUCAUACUUAAUAUAAAGUUAUGAAUUACCAGCAGGAGAAGUUUGUGAGGUUUCAGGAUUGGAAAUCCGAGAAAAGCUCUGAGGAACAGUUUUCCACAAAAGAUGUAGUCAGUUCGGGGAAACUUAGAAGAGCAAUAAAUUCAAUUUCCGACAGGUUCUAUACAGGCUUGGAAAGAGGUUCUGAAAGGAUUAAAAACAUAAAAGGAUCAUUGAAAUCUUUUUCAUUAAGUAGCGUUCUGGUCAAAAACUCGGGUUCUAGAAAAAAAUUUCUUGACCCACAAGGGCCAUUUCUACAGAAGUGGAAUAAGAUUUUUGUAUUAUCGUGUGUGAUUGCUGUUUCUCUGGAUCCUUUAUUCUUUUACAUUCCAGUGAUCAAUGAUGACAAGAAGUGCCUUGAAUUGGAUAAGAAAUUGGAGAUCACAGCUAGUGUUUUGCGUUCCUUCACUGAUAUUUUUUACAUAAUUCAUAUUAUCUUUCAAUUUCGUACUGGCUUUAUUGCUCCCUCUUCUCGGGUGUUUGGAAGAGGUGUUUUAGUUGAAGAUGCUUGGGCUAUAGCAAAGAGAUAUUUAUCCUCGUACUUCUUAAUUGACAUUCUUGCAGUUCUUCCAUUGCCACAGGUUGUAAUUCUACUUAUCAUACCCCACAUGGGAGGCUCUAAAUCUUUGAAUACAAAGAACUUGUUGAAGUUUGUUGUUUUUUUCCAAUAUAUACCGAGGGUUCUUCGGGUCUAUCCGUUGUAUAAAGAAGUCACAAGAGCUUCUGGCAUACUUACUGAAACUGCAUGGGCUGGAGCUGCAUUCAAUCUCUUUCUUUACAUGCUUGCCAGUCAUGUACUUGGAGCCUUUUGGUACUUAUUUUCCAUAGAACGAGAAACUGUAUGCUGGCAGAAAGCCUGUGGAAAUCAGUCCAAUCAGUCAGCAUGUGUCAAUGCUUCUUUGUAUUGUAAAGACAGUAUAGGAUUUAUCCAAUUUCUGAAUAAUUCUUGUCCUAUACAAACGGAAAAUGCAACAGUUUUUGAUUUUGGAAUAUUCCUUAAUGCCCUUCAGUCUGGUGUUGUGGAAUCAACAGAUUUUCCACAGAAGUUCUUUUACUGUUUCUGGUGGGGAUUACAAAAUUUAAGUUCUCUAGGUCAAAACCUUAAAACAAGUACCUUUGUCUGGGAAAUUUGUUUUGCAAUUUUCAUUUCCAUCGCUGGCUUGGUGUUAUUUUCGUUCCUCAUUGGGAAUAUGCAGACAUAUCUGCAGUCCACAACGACAAGGUUGGAGGAGAUGAGAGUGAAAAGGCGAGAUGCAGAACAAUGGAUGUCCCAUCGUUUACUCCCUGACAACCUGAGGGAGCGAAUAAAGCGGUAUGAACAAUACAAAUGGCAGGAAACUAGAGGUGUUGAUGAAGAUAAUCUGGUUCGCAACUUGCCCAAGGACCUGAGGAGGGAUAUCAAGCGCCAUCUUUGUUUGGAUCUGUUGAUGAGAGUGCCAAUGUUUGAGAAAAUGGAUGAACAACUAUUGGAUGCAAUGUGUGACCGUCUCAAGCCAGUGCUCUACACAGAAGACAGCUUCAUCGUGCGGGAGGGUGACCCAGUUGAUGAGAUGCUGUUUGUAAUGCGGGGCAAGUUAUCGACUAUAACCACCAAUGGUGGAAGAACUGGGUUCUUUAACUCGGUUUGUCUUCAAGCUGGUGACUUUUGUGGAGAGGAGCUUCUUACUUGGGCUCUGGAUCCCCAUACCUCUUCCAACCUCCCUAUCUCAACCAGAACCGUUCAAGCCCUAAUAGAAGUUGAAGCAUUUGCCUUGACAGCUGAUGAUUUGAAGUUUGUUGCCUCUCAAUUCCGGCGACUCCACAGCAAACAACUCCGCCACACUUUUAGGUUUUACUCACAGCAAUGGAGGACUUGGGCAGCUUGUUUCAUACAAGCUGCAUGGCGCCGCCAUUGCAGGAAGAAGCUGGAAGAGUCUCUUCGGGAGGAGGAAGAUAGGUUGCAAGAUGCGUUAGCUAAGGGUGGUGGGAGCUCGCCAAGUCUAGGUGCCACCAUCUAUGCAUCACGAUUCGCAGCUAAUGCACUCCGUGCUUUACGGCGCAAUGGUGCACGAAAAGCAAGGAUGCCGGAGAGAAUAUCGCCUAUAUUGCUUCAGAAACCAGCAGAGCCUGAUUUUAGUGCUGAAGAUAAAUAGGCAUCUUAGAUCUCAUUAGCAAUUUAUCUUUUCUUAGUUUUGUUUUCCAAGAUGUGAAACUGGAAGCAAGCAGUGUGUGAUUAAAUAGCUAUAGUUUAUGUGAGUGUAUCCAGUCCCUGUUUAGAUUAUGUAUGUUGUAUAUGAAAACAUUCUGUUGUUCUAACAGUGAUUACUGAUGUAAUGAUUAUUAUUGUUAUUUGUAAUUGUAGAUACUGUUGGGUUUUGCUUCAA